AUGCAUGUCCUGUCGUGGUUUUUGAGGAUCAAUUCGCUCUUUUCUGCAGUCCUCGCUCAAGCCCCUCCACAACCCGAAAAUAUCAACAUCACGGGAACGAAUUUCCUCGAUCAUGAUAGUCCGAUUAGCAAUUUCUGGGGGCAGACAUUUUUGAAGAACAAUAUUCCGUACAUUGAUAUCCCGAACUCAAAUAUUCAGGAUGUUUAUUAUUACCGUUGGUCUUCAAUUCAACGCCAUCAUCGAUAUACUAUUGCCGGUACUGGAUAUAUUCUCACGGAGUUUGUACAACCCGUAGGAUAUGCCCAAGCCCUCAACACUAUCGAUGCGGCAGCCGGUCAUCAGAUUGACGAAGCAAGAUGGCUGAGGAGCAAGAUCUACGAUGAUGAUUAUGUUCUGGCGUAUCUACGAGGACCGGGAAACACGACUCAGUACACUCAUUGGAUAUUAGAUGCCAUAUUUCGACGUUCUCAAGUCACUGGGGACUCCCAGUACACGACUGAACAGCUAGCAGACAUGGUCCGUUUGUUUGGCUACUGGGAUUUUGUUUUCGAUUCUGACGUUGGUCUUUACUAUUUCACUCCCAAUUUUGACGCUCAGGAGUAUAGCCUACCAGGUUAUAUUGUAGCGCCGGAUGGUGGACAGCUUCAAUUAGAUGGGCCCAACACUUACAGACCAAAUGUCAAUGCCUAUAUGAUUGCGAAUACUCGAGCAAUCGUUCAAGUUGCCAUGCAAGCAGGUGACAAUGAUACAGCUGCAACGUUCACGGAAAAAGCGGAAAAGCUGGAACAAUCGCUCUAUGACCAUUUGUGGGAUCCCUCGCAGAAUUUCUUCGUAGACGUUAUCAUGCCAAAUAACCCAAAUCUAUCCAGAGUCAUGGGAAGAGAGGAAGUGGGCAUCUUCCCGUAUCGUUUUGGCAUUGGCUUGACCCCAGAAUAUGCCAACGUCUCUAUCCAAGAACUCUUCGAUCCGGACGGUUUCUUGACUACAUAUGGUCCGACAACUCUGGAAGUCCGUAAUCAGUACUAUACAGCGACCAAGCCUUCAGACUACUGUUGCUUUUGGCAAGGACAAUCGUGGCCCUUUUCCACUGCCCACACCUUAAAGUCUUUAGCAGCCAUUUACCGCUCUGGAAACACAUCUAUUACGGCCCAUCAAUACGUGCAAUAUCUCGAUAUGUAUGCAACUACGCAGCAUAAGAACGGGACGCCAUACGUUGCUGAGUCUCAUUACCCAUCUAUGGAUGCGUGGAGUGCUGAUUCUACCAAUCACUCCGAACACUACGAUCAUUCAACCAACAAUGACGAUGUUAUUACUGGAUUGCUUGGGAUUAUCCCGCGGUCAGAUGACAUUUUUGAAAUUGACCCAAUCAUUCCCCAGAAUUGGACAUAUUUCGCCCUCGAAAAUCUUGCUUACCACGGCCACCUCAUCACUUGUAUUUACGACCAGGAUGGCACUAGAUACAACAAUGGAACCGGUCUUUCAGUGUUUCUAGAUGGUUUCAAAGUCUACAAUGGCAAUGGCACUAAAGCUCAAGUCACUCUUCCGACUGCGAGCACCGUAGCGCUGCCUGUUACUGUGAACAUUGCGGGGAACCCAAACGGACUUGGCUCUUACCCCCAAGCCAUAGCAACGUACACUUAUUCCGCCGAUAACCCAUACAAAGCAAUUGAUGGGUACCUGUUUUAUGACUCGAUUCCAGAUAACAGAUGGACCAACUACCAGAGUCCAUCUCCUAACGACACACUUCAAAUUAUAUUUGCUCGGCCUCGAAAUAUAUCUUCAGUCACUUUAGCCCUGUAUUCUGACUUGGCUCGUGGUGGUGCUGUCGAUGUCCCGGCCACGAUCGAGAUCUACGGCUCUGACGGUCUUCUCGCCAAUAUUAAUACAUCCUCUUCCUUCUUGACUAACGAUCGCAAUACAUUCUCAUUCGCUCAGACCGAGACACUUUUUGUCUCUGUGAAUAUGUUCAACAAGCCUGGCGUAUACGUAGGGCUGUGCGAGCUUGAAGUGUGGACCCAGCCUCAAACUGCUGGACCAUACUAUGCCGUAGACGCCUUGCUGACCGGCCCCUCUGUUUCGACAGACAACAAAGCUAACGCUACCGCGAACGGUGCUGUCGUCUCUGGUUUGACAGAUGAAGCCGUUGUUGCCUUCUCUGGAAUUCAGAGUCCUGGUGGUAGUGCGACUUUGCUGCUCACGUAUGCCAAUGAAGGUGAUGCUGCUGUGAGAGUAGGAGUCACUGUGAACCAGGUUUCUCAGGGUCAAUUGAGUUUAUCAGGCACAAGUGGAGAUUUUGGUAGUGCUGCAAUGGAUGUCACUCUGGGCGCAGGGAAAAACUUCAUCAGUUUGAUUGGAGGGACGAGCGACGUGAAAGCGGGCGUAGCAGCUAGCAAGUUUAUUGGGAAAGCUCCACAUGUCAUUGCAGAACGCCCAUUUGUUUUCGGAGAAACAGUCAAUCAAUGGGGAAAUUCAGGCAUCAAGGAUGCUUCAAGAACUACUCCUAGACGACACUUGUUUCUCAAGAUGAUAUUCAUGCUUAAGGAGUAA